AUGUCGACGCCUCCCACCAAACCUAGAGUUCUCAUUGUCGGUGCUGGGAUCUUCGGUCUUAGUACGGGAUAUUAUCUGUCUGAAGAUGGCUACAAUGAUAUCACGCUGUUUGAUCAGCAUCCUUACGACUCGGAGCAGGGUUACACCAUGAAUCCCUUGUCGACUGCAGCGUCUGUUGACGAGCACAAGAUCUUCCGGGCAUCUUAUGGGAACGAGCUGGUGUACCAGCGCCUAGCUUAUGAGGCACGGGAGGCUUGGAAGAAAUGGAAUGAGGAGCUCGGUCCCGGUAACGAGAUCUUCAUCGAGUCGGGCAUGCUACGCCUUCAGCACGGAACCCACCUUAGUGGCUUGGAGCGCAGGACUCAGAAGAAUAUGGUGGCUGAGGGUCUCCGCGAGACGCAGUACAUCCUUUCCAACGAGAACGAUGUGCGCAGGGCCAAGGAGGAUGGCUGGGCGGAGAAGCUGGUGAAGUUCCCCAUCCCGGGAACGAAUGGCAAGGAGCACUUCGAGGCGGUGCUGGAUACGACAGCCGGCUUUGUGUUUUGCAGCAGAGGCUGCGCGUACCUCGCUGACAAGCUCCGUAAGAAGGGGGCGAAGUUUGUCCAUGGUCUCGAGAAGGGAGCUGUCACCUCCUUCAAGAUCGAGGGCUCAGGUGAUUCCAAGCGGAUUGCUGGCAUCGUCACCAAAGAUGGCAAGGAACAUGCCGGAGAUUUGGUGAUUGUCGCUGGUGGUUCUGCGACACCCAUCCUUGUUCCCGAAUCCCGCUCCGUACUUGAAGCGACCGCAGGAAGCGUUGCAUUCGUCGGUCUUCCGCCUCGCAAAGAAGCUCCCGAACUCUGGGAGAAGUACUCCCCACAGCAUCGUCCCGUCAUCAUUGGGCACGAUCCGGAUACCACUGGGAAGGAGGUCGGCAGUCGUAGCAUAUACAUCUUCCCUCGGAAUUCAGAAGGGCUCGUGAAGAUUGGAUAUCGAGUGACGAAGUACACCAACUACGUCAACCUCCCGGGGUCUGAACGUCCCAUCGCCGUCCCUCUUCGUCCUGGAGUCGACGAUACUGCGCUCCCGCUCCAGUCCGUGGAGGCAAUCAAGACGUUUGUCUCGACGUUCAUGCCCGACUUAGCUUCAUUCCCCAUCGUGAAGACCAGACUCUGCUUCUACACCGACACGGCCGACAACGCAUUUCUCAUUGACUACGUCCCUGGCUACAGCGACACGCUCUUCCUUUGCACUGGUGGGAGCGGGCACGGUGCAAAAUUCACGCCCGUCCUUGGCAAGCAUGUCCGAGACGUUAUUCAGAAGAAGCCCAAGACCGAACUCACCAAGACCUGGCGCUGGCGUCCAGAAUUACCUCUGGGCAACGGUCUUGAGGAGGGCCCAACUGGUCCGAGGACGUUUGAGAAGUACGAGAGGUCAACACCUGCAGACUUGGUAAGGUCUGGGUGGUAA